AACAAACAACACACGCAUGAAAAUAAUAAUUAAUACUACUACUAAUUAAUAUCCUCAACAUAAAAAAAAAAAAAGUUUUGCGGAAUAUACUUUUGCUUUCCUUCUGUUAUGUGCUGGUCGAUUUCGUUUUUCCGGUUUGGAUAUGGAUUCGGAGGAUUUCCGAUCCAUUCUGGAGAGCGCGGGCGUGGACGUUUGGGCCCUCAUGGACGCGGCCAUCGCGGUGGCCUCCGCCGACCACGCUCACGAGUUGAAGCGCCGGAGAGAUGGAAUCGUUGAGCGCCUUUACGCGGCCAGUUCACCGCCGCCGCUGUGUCGGAACUGCGACGCCGGCGACGGGGGAGAAAUCAGGACGCAGAGCAGUCCCUCCGCGGAGGAGGAAAAGGAUCCCUACGGAGGCUUGUUCGACGACGAGCAACGGAAGAUUCUAGACAUUAAAGAGCAACUCGAAGACCCUCACCAGUCCGAAGAUUCGUUGGUGGAGUUGUUGCAGAAUCUAGCAGACAUGGAUAUUACAUUUCAAGCGUUAGAAGAGACUGACAUUGGGAGGCACGUGAAUCGGUUGCGGAAGCAUUCGUCUAAUGAUGUUAAGAGAUUGGUCAAGUUACUCGUCAGGAAGUGGAAGGAAAUUGUAGAUGAAUGGGUGAAGUUGAAGGCCCCGGGAGAACCGGGUACUGCUGUCAUGGCUGAUGAGGACUCGCCUCAGCAGAGAAUCCUACAAAAUGGGCAUCGUCAGAUUCCUGAUUUUGCAUACUCACCAAAUCCACACUAUGGGAGUUUUGGGUCAGAGCGCAACAAUAUUGAAGCAGAACGAAAACCAAAAGCAAUUCCUCGCAAAGAAGCUCCUUCAAAACCAUCGCCAUCAGUCACUACUCCUGCUCCUCCUACUCAAAACAGACAGAGAGAAAGCAAUUUUGACCCGGAUAGAUUUGCUUCAGCCAGAAAACGGCUUCAAGAGAACUACAAAGAUGCUGCAAAUGCCAAAAAGCAAAGAACGAUUCAAGUGAUGGAUCUCCAUGAGUUACCAAAACCCAAGAAUGCCUUCCUUGGAAAAAACAAAGGCGGCACUGGUCAGGGAAGGCACUGGUGAGUGGUGACCCGUAAUGUUCGUGCCAAAGUUCCUUGUAAAAAGGCUUUUUUGUGGGAGAGUGAUGCCGCAUAGUCCUAAAAACCCGGUUGAUUCCUUUACAAUUUUACUCCCCAACAUAAAAAUCCGUAUGGUUUUAUGUUUACUUAUUUAAUACUAUCAACAACCCCCUCCCCCCCCCACACACACACACAAAAAAAAAAAGCAUAAUAUUUUAUGUGCCAAACUAUGAUUUUUAUGAAAUGUGGGUUAGUUGCGGAGCACGCGUGAUGAUUUCAGCAUCUGAAUGAGGAUGGAAGGGAGGGGAGAUGAUUUUUUGGAGAUUUAAACCAUUGAUUUUUUGGGUUGGAACCUGAGGGCAUGCUAAUGUUUGAUUUGGUGCUCCAAUAAGGAUUGUUUAGCUUGAUGUUUGUCUUUGUUCUUAUCUUAAUGCCACAUCCAACAAUUCUAGCCAGCCAAGUCAAGAGUUGACUACUUUCUAGCACUAUUAAUUUGCACGGGUCAGGGUCGUGGGGUAGUUUAAUUGGUGCUAUAAUCAAUAAUUAUUGUUCGGCCUGGGACCCUAGUACUGUAGAAAGUAAACUGAUCUCAACAAAUGAGUAGAAGAGGAGCGUAUUUCAAUUAA